UUAAAUUCAAAAUGAACAGUCAGCAGAACAUCAGACAGGAGAUCGGUAUGGGUUCAGAACAACAGACAAACUGCAGCCCUAUUGUUGAGACUUCUGCCACUUAUUAUAUUGAUGUUGUUGCAUUAAUGGCAGAUUCACAAUACAAACAAUUCUUCAGAAAUGUUAAAAUGAAAACUAAUUGAAACGGAAACAUUCUCAUAGCCUCAGUGUGUGAAGGACUCAAAGAACAAGGCUUUAACACCGCUGGAAUGGGAGUCUCCUACUAUUCGCCGAAAGAACAAUUGUAUGUUUUUGCUGGUAAAGCUCCAAUUGGGCCAGAGAAAGAUGGAAUAUCAAUAUAUAAUCUGUGGGGAAAGUGGCUCACUCUGAAGUUCAGACGGAUGCAAACCACUCUUGAAGAGCCUCUGCAGGACAAUGCAGCUACGAAUUCUAAUCAAGAGAUGCCAAGAUAUUCUGGAAGUGACAAUCAUGCUACCAUUGAUCCUCCUCCAACUGAAACUCCUGAUCCAAUUGGGGGUUCUUUAGAGUCUGAAGCAGCUAACAAUCCUCAAAAUACUAAUUCCCCAAUAAUUGAGCAACAAGUAGACAGGAAUUGGAGAUGGGAUCUUAAGGAGCGUAUAAUCGGACCUGUGGUAGAGAAAGUUUAUGAAUGGAGAGAAAUUUAUAAUAUGAUGCAAGAUGAGCAUGAUAAUGAGGAAUCCUUCAGCUUAUCAAAAGCUGCCGAAAUAGUAGGUAUGAGCAAAGAAGCUAUUGACUACUACUCCUACCGGAUAUUUCUUGGCAAGAGUUUUGGCUUUAACUUCUCCAAACACAAGGAUGACAAGUUUGCUGUACUUUGAACAUUCGUCAAUAGAAUCUCCAUAAUCGAAGAACUUCUUGUCGAAAAACGUCAGCUAUUGGACCUUCAUAAUUUUAAUGCUCUCUACACGGAUAACAAUGUACUGAGAGAGAUCUAUACCGCUAGCAGAGAUAAGGUGGAAAAAGAGUUAAAUAAUUUACUGAAACUCAAAUUUUAUACUUUAGCUGAGGAAGACAGCGAAUCUGACUUAGAAUCUAGUGAAGAAGACAAAUUAGACUUUUAUGUAACGGAACAUCCUCCUGCCUAAGAAUACUCUUAAAUUUGAAUUCAA